UUUGUGCAACCACAAAACAAAGCAACCAUGCUUCUUAUUUUGACAUUUCAAACCACUCCCACUCCCCAAAAAGUAAAUAAAAACAAAAAUUCGUAGUGAUAAGAGUUUUCGCGUAAUUUUAUUCCUGGAAAUUUGUUCCGAAUCAAGUGAAAAAUGUAUUUACAGUUUCUGCCCUCGCUCUGGGGAUGUUAGAAUGACCAAGAAGAAGCCAUCACCGCAAAAUCGAAUCUGGGAAAAGGAACGACGUGACCGUCUGAAUCAAACAUUCGAUAAUCUUUCAAAACUACUGCCCGAAUAUGAGCCGGCCACCCAACUCAGCAAAAUCGAGAUUCUGCAGCGAGCGGUUGAAUACGUGGAAAAACUACAAAACAAGAUUAAAGCGUUCUUGGAGGAACGGGAUGCGCUGCUCAAAAAACACGUCGAUGAGCUAGAGGAGCGCUUGCAGGUGCUGAUAGCCCGCAACGAAGAUUUGGCGGCGCUGCUCAAGAAGGCGAACAUCAAUGUUCCUCCUUGUAAGCUUGGACCAAUCAGCGGAAAGGAUUCUCCCGUGGAAAAACUGAUUCCGGCCGCAGUACAAUCGACCAAAUUAGACGAAAAAUUACCCUCAAAAUCGUUGAUAGAUGUCGAUGCCGUUGAUCCUGGAGCUAAAACUGAAUCAACUUCCAUCCAGACGGUGUCUGUUUCAAGUUCUGUGAUAACUACGACUGCCAGUAGCAAUGUUGUACCUAUAACCGGGAUUACAUCCAAUGUUGCUCCUGCUGUAACGAAUGCGGCUACAGUAGCCUCGGUCCCUGUAAUAGUUAGUUCGAGCGUUCCUAGCGCUUGUCUGGUUGUAGCCAACAAUCACAUCGUGGGGACGCUCAACCAGGCAAAUGGUGUCAAUGUUACCCCUGCGUUGCUACCAACCCCAAUAAUGGCCACCGGAGUUAUUAUAUCCAACAACGGAAACCUACUGCAAAUGCCGCUGGCGGUACCAUCAACCUCAUCGCUGCUAAUUGUGAGCAACGAAGAUGUGCGGUCCAAACUAAGUUUAAGGAAAACACGAGGCUCACCCUCGAAGUCGGCAUCAGCAAAAGGAAACUCAUUACACAAAGGAAAAUUUACGAUCAAAUCGAUCGAAGUUAUUCCGGGGCGAAUUGUCAACGGUAAGAUUCCGAUUCCUCCCCUGAAGCGACCUGCCGCUCCAAUUGGGAAAGGCAACAAAGAAAAACGAAAGAGGCAACGGAAGCGAAAAAGUAGUGAGCAUGCUGUAAAUCAGGAAGAAGCUGAGGCGAAAAAAGUGAAGAUUGAUGAUAAGAAAGAGGAAGGAGUUAAAGAUGACGAAAAAGCUAAUAAUCAAGCUGAAACUAAUUCUAAAGAAUCCCCGCCGGCUAACAGCAUUGCUCAAAUACAGGAAGAUGAUGCGGCCCAAGUGGAUGACCGGGCUAGCUCACUUGAGAUGAAUUUGGAUCAGGGGGAUUUGUCGGCAGAUAUUUUCGCAAACCUGCAGGUUCCAGACGAAGAAACAGAUGGAAAUCAAGGGUCUCUCUCGCCAACUGCGGCAUAUCUAAUGAAUUUUCCGCUGGUUUCCACAGGUGGGAAGGCUAGUGGAAUUCAUGUUGAAUGCUCUAAUGAACCUGAAGCUACGGAAUGUAUCGAAGGUGAUAAGAAGGCAUCUUUGCAGACAACCGAAAACAAUUUGCUAUUGGAUAAUUUCUCAUCGUACUUUACUCCCAGUAUCUAUGGAACGUUGGACAAUGUAACUCAUCCGGUUUCUGAUGUAACUCCUUCAACAUCUGCAGGCGCUUUAACGAGCUUCUCAACAAUUUAUCAAUCCAUCGACAGUAUGCUUGAACAUAAGCCAUCUCGGGUUACAGCAUCUUCUGACUGCAGAUAUAAUUCAACUCCUUUUACAUUCACCCUAACGUCUACAAGCAAUUCUGCACCGACACAGUCUUACGACUACCGGCACUCGUCUUCGACUGGCUACUUCUAUUCAACAACAACAAGUACAGCGAAACCUAUGGACGACUUUUGUCUGCUUAAACCAUCGAUAGCAACCGAGUUUACAUUUUCUUUGACGAGUACGAUCCAAAGUGGACCAAAAACCGUGCAGUCUCAGUACACGAACAGUACAAUUUUUUCUUCGACCGUUACUACGCCUUCAUAUAGUAUCUACGGAUCUCAAACUAAAUCAAGUAAAACCGCUAACUAUAAUGCAAAUUAUAUACCGGAAGCGGCCAAAUCAGAACAGGCACAAACGCCUAAAAAAUACGACAUCUUAGAAGCUGAGAAGCCUGCAACAAACUUCACAUUUUCAUUGACCUCAACGACUAAAACUAAUGCAAAAUAUUCAUACCCUGCGAUUGUUACAUCGUGCUCUACGUAUACGACUCCUUAUGCCACCACAUCAGCAUCCUCGUAUGCAAAAGUCGAAGACUGCCUCUACAAAUCCUCCAAGACUUCCACAAGCCACAAUCCAUACAAAACUCCACCAAAGCAGAAGCCGAAUCACUAUUCAUCUCUUGGAGUCACUCAACCAAACGUGCAUAAUCAAGCAGCUUCCCACUCACAAACGAAAUACGACGUGAACUGGAUGGCCUCGCAGGAUCCGAAACCGUCAGUCAACAACCAAGACUACAGCCAACAUCUUCCAUCAUUUGAUUUCAACGGAGCCCCAACACACUCCUACCAGACCAAUAUAGAUCUAAGCCGAAAAUCUGACAUCUUUUUCGCGCAUCCAUCAGGCGAAGAUAAUUUAAUGACGUGGUCGCCCAACAAGCUCACCAAUAUUUUAAAUGAUACAAAUUCUUCGUACUAUCCUUCGACCACCACCAGUCUACCCAGCCUCCAAGGAGAUCUGGCCCUUAAUGGCCCCUCGACUACGACUAAAUCAAGCAACAAUCUUCAACGGAAAGCGAAUGAUACGAGCAGCACAUUCCUAUCGGUUCAACAGCUGGUUGACCAACCUCGUAAGAGCAGCACAAACAACAAAAGUUACAACUCGACCUACAGCAACUUUUAUACCAACCAAAAGCCGUUGAACAACAACUAUUCGGCGGAAGCUUUGAUUGGAUCGUCCACUGGGAGCUCUACCAAGAAAGAAAAGUUCUACACUGAUACCAGCUACAACACUUACGGCACCUUCCAAACGGACUCAACUUCCGGAGCAGGUCUCUCGUUCAACUUUGACUACUCGUCCGACUACAGCAAAAACUACAACUACGGUUGCCAGCAGAACUACAUGCCUUCGUUUGUAGACAACGGCUACAGUCUCUCCACCGUUCCUUCUGCCACUGUAACAACUCUCUCCUCAUCUUUCCCAACUACCACUUGCUACUCGAGUUACAGUCACUCCUCCGAUCGAAAGCAGCCCUCCUCGUCGUCCACCAAUUACUAUCAAAACUCCUAUCAACCGGACAUCCCCUAUUACGUUCCUUCACCGGAAAAACGUUCCCAUACCUCUUCAAAGUCACGGAAACAGCCCAAACAAUCCCAAUCACAUGAUUUCACCUCAUUACCUAACAUUCUACCGUCGGCACCCCCCUUGUCGACCCUAUCUGAAGAUCCACUCUUCUACAAUCCUAUCUCGGUGACAACCACCACGUCCUACCAACAACUUCCACCGUACCAAUCAAAUCUACCGAACUACUCUUUCGGAAGCCAACCGUACCAGCCAUCGUCAUCGUUGUCAUCAUCUGUAGCCGUCGGUGUUAGCAGUUCAUCUACGUUGACCAACUUCAAUCUGAGCACUAUCUGUCCGGAGAUAAGCGAGAAAAGUGGUGGAAGUGGGAGUGGAUUGGCAAGCCAUGGCCAUGGAACGGCGGUGGCGACAGUGACCGGUGGGAGUACAAUCGCACGCCAUCCAAUAGCAGGAGUUGGUGGAUGGUAAAACUAAUUGUAAAUAAUUAUAUCAAAUUUAACUUUAAGUCAAAAUUUUGUACAAUUAUUAAAAAUAGUGAAACAAAUUGUAACAAAUCUAUUCUAGAAAAA